AUGGCGACCAUGGUGAGCAGUAGAGAUCAAUCUAAUGAUGGUGAUGCAAUUAAGAGGAGGGGAUGUAGGUGCAGCAAAGAUGAUUUCUUUCCGGAGGAGUCGUUUCGGAGCUGGGGGAGCUAUGUCAAGGCACUACGUGAAACAGUUCCAAGACUCAAAAGCCGUGCCUUUGCUCGAUCACUUGAUGAAAUCGAGCUGAACCAGGUACGGGCCCGGAGCCAGAACGAGUUGAAGAAAAGCCUUUCAUGGUGGGAUCUAAUUUGGUUCGGUGUGAGUGCUGUAAUGGGUGCAGGGGUAUUCGUACUUACAGGGCUUGAGGCAAGGAACGAUGCUGGCCCUGCUGUUAUCCUCUCCUUCGUGGUGUCUGGAAUCUCUGCUAUGCUUUCUGUGUUUUGCUACACCGAAUUUGCUGUUGAGAUCCCAGUGGCAGGAGGCUCAUUUGCCUACCUAAGAGUGGAGCUCGGUGAUUUUGCGGCCUUUAUCGCAGCUGGAAACAUUUUGUUGGAGUAUAUUGUGGCUGGGGCCGGUGUGGCGCGCUCAUGGACGUCUUACUUCGCGACUCUAUGCAACCACGAGCCAGACGACUUCCGGAUUGUGGUCUCUGGCCUCAACAAAAACUACAAUCACCUGGACCCUAUUUCAGUUGCCAUCUCGGCCGCCGUUGGCGUUAUGGCCGCUAUCAGCAUUAAGGGGUCUUCUCACUUCAACGUAGUGGCUUCAGUCAUCCAUAUUGCCGUUCUCUUCCUCAUUAUUUCUGUUGGGCUUACCGAGGCCAACCUCGCUAAUAUCACCACCAAUUUUGCCCCGUAUGGAGUUCAAGGGGUGUUCAAAGCCUCGGCUGUGCUCUUCUUUGCUUACGUUGGGUUCGAUGGUGUAGCAACAUUGGGCGAGGAGACUAAGAAACCAGCCCGCGACAUACCCAUAGGCCUGGUCGGAUCCAUGUUGAUCACUAUAGUCCUUUACUGCAUCCUUGCGGCCACACUGUGCCUCAUGCAGCCAUAUACAACGAUUGACGUCAAUGCGCCAUUCACGGUGGCAUUCCAGGCCGUCGGCAUGAACUGGGUCAAGUAUAUAGUUGCUUUGGGGGCAUUGAAGGGUAUGACCACUGUGUUACUGGCCAACAUCAUUGGUCAGGCGCGGUAUUUCACUCACAUCGGGCGGACUCACAUGGCUCCGCCAUGGCUGGCUAUCAUCAACCAGAAGUUUAGGACGCCGGUGAAUGCCACAGUAGUGAUGACAAUUGCCAAUUCCAUUGUGGGCUUCUUCACUGAUCUUGAUAUCCUCUCAAACCUUCUCUCUAUCUCUACCCUUUUCGUGUUUUCACUCGUCGCUGUCGCUCUUCUCGUCAGGCGAUACUACGUGGCUGGUGAGACAUCCACCCAUGACCGAAGAAUGCUGGUUGGGUUCCUGACGUUGAUUCUGGCGUCAUCAAUCGGGACAGCCGUAUAUUGGGCAGUCGAUGAUAAAGGAUGGAUUGGUUAUAGUGUGACAGUGCCGAUUUGGUUUUUGGCAACGUUAGGAUUGAAGAUUAUGGUUAAGGAGGCAAAGAAGCCGAAGCUAUGGGGGGUGCCUUUAUUUCCCUGGUUGCCCUCAGCUACCAUUGCUGUCAACAUUUUCUUGUUGGGUUCGCUUGAUGUGGCGUCUUAUAUGAGAUUUAUUGUUUGGACGCUUAUCUUGGUCGUUUAUUACUUGCUUGUCGGGCUUCAUGCAACAUACGAUGUGGCUAGGGAGGGCGCAGGAGCUGCAAGUGCAGCAGCAAUUUCCACGCCACAUUCUGAUUCUGCUGCCAAUAGAGAGACCUGUGAAGCAGGAUGAAAAUACACGAAUAUGAUCUUGAUUUUUUUUUUUCUUUUCUUGUCAUUCCUUCUUCUCUCCUCUUUGUAGUUCUUUUACUAGAGUAUAGUAAACCUUAA